GCGCUCGAGGAAAAAGCGAAAAAAGCACAAGAAGCAUUCGAAAGGGAAGAAAAACUUCGCAAGGAACUCGAGGAACAAAAUACCAAAAUACUCGCGGAAAGGAACCAAUUGCAAAAGCAAUUGGACGGGGAGAAGGGCUCGCUUUCGGAAUAUAUGGAAAAAUCAUUGAAAUUGGCUGCACAGAAAGCUGACAUCGAAUCUCAACUUCAAGAUCUCAACGACAGGUUCAAGGAAGAGGAAGACGCUAGGAACAAUCUAUUCCAAAAUAAGAAGAAACUCGAGCAAGAGGUUGCUGGUUUGAAGAAAGACAUUGAAGAUCUCGAAUUGAAUCUUCAAAAAUCCGAACAGGACAAAGCCACGAAAGAUCAUCAAAUUCGUAAUUUGAACGACGAGAUUGCUCAUCAAGACGAAUUAAUCAAUAAAUUGAACAAGGAGAAGAAGAACCAGGGUGAGAUCAAUCAGAAAACGGCUGAGGAACUUCAAGCUGCCGAAGACAAGGUCAAUCACCUGAACAAAGUUAAGAUCAAGCUCGAACAAACUUUAGACGAGCUUGAGGAUUCCUUGGAACGUGAAAAGAAAUCUCGCGCUGACGUUGAAAAGGCAAAGAGGAAGGUAGAAGGUGAUUUGAAAUUGACCCAAGAAGCCGUAGCCGAUUUGGAAAGGAACAAGAAGGAACUGGAACAAACGAUUCAACGCAAAGACAAGGAACUCUCAUCGCUUACUGCCAAAUUGGAAGAUGAACAAUCGUUAGUAGGAAAACUUCAGAAACAGAUCAAGGAACUCCAAGCUAGAAUCGAAGAACUCGAGGAAGAGAUCGAAGCGGAACGCGGUGCACGUGGCAAAGCAGAAAAACAACGCAGCGACCUUGCACGAGAAUUGGAAGAACUUGGCGAACGUCUCGAGGAAGCUGGCGGUGCUACCUCGGCACAAAUCGAAUUGAACAAGAAGAGAGAAGCCGAACUUAGCAAAUUGAGGAGAGACCUUGAAGAAGCUAACAUCCAACAUGAAGCUUCACUCGCUAGCUUGCGUAAGAAGCACAACGAUGCAGUUGCCGAAAUGGGAGAACAAAUUGAUACGCUUAACAAGUUGAAGGCUAGGACCGAAAAAGAAAAGGUACAAUACUUCAGCGAGUUGAACGACCUACGUGCCACGGUUGAUCACCUGAGUAACGAAAAGGCUGCCCAAGAAAAGAUCGUUAAACAAUUGCAACACCAAUUGAACGAGACCUCAGGCAAAUUGGAAGAAGUUAAUCGUACAUUGAACGAUUUCGAUGCUGCUAAGAAGAAAUUGUCGAUCGAGAACAGCGACUUGUUGCGCCAAUUGGAGGAAGCUGAAUCUCAGGUUAGCCAAUUGUCGAAGAUCAAGAUCUCGUUGACGACACAAUUGGAAGAUACGAAGAGGCUUGCCGAUGAGGAAUCACGAGAACGUGCCACGCUUCUCGGCAAAUUCCGUAAUUUGGAACACGACUUGGAUAACAUUCGCGAACAAGUUGAGGAAGAGGCCGAAGGCAAGGCUGAUCUUCAAAGACAAUUGAGCAAGGCCAAUGCCGAGGCACAAUUGUGGCGUACGAAAUACGAAUCCGAAGGUGUUGCCAGAGCCGAAGAACUCGAAGAAGCCAAAAGAAAAUUACAAGCACGUCUUGCAGAAGCUGAGGAAACAAUUGAAUCGUUGAAUCAAAAGGUCAUUGCCCUUGAAAAAACGAAACAGAGGCUGUCGACCGAAGUCGAGGAUCUUCAAAUCGAAGUUGACCGCGCUACUGCCAUUGCCAAUGCCGCUGAAAAGAAACAGAAAGCUUUCGACAAGAUCAUUGGUGAAUGGAAACUCAAAGUUGACGAUCUGGCUGCUGAAUUGGAUGCCAGUCAAAAGGAAUGCCGUAAUUACAGUACCGAACUCUUCAGGCUCAGAGGUGCUUACGAGGAGAGCCAAGAACAAUUGGAAGCUGUACGUCGUGAGAACAAGAACCUUGCCGAUGAGGUGAAAGAUCUUUUGGAUCAAAUAGGCGAAGGUGGACGUAACAUUCACGAAAUCGAAAAGGCAAGGAAACGUUUGGAAGCUGAGAAGGAUGAAUUGCAAGCAGCAUUGGAGGAAGCUGAGGCGGCAUUGGAACAAGAAGAAAAUAAGGUGCUCAGAAGCCAAUUGGAAUUGAGCCAAGUUAGACAAGAAAUUGAUCGUCGCAUUCAAGAGAAGGAAGAAGAAUUCGAGAACACGAGGAAGAAUCAUCAACGAGCUCUUGAUUCAAUGCAAGCUUCCCUCGAAGCAGAAGCUAAGGGCAAAGCCGAGGCACUUCGCAUGAAGAAGAAAUUGGAAGCUGACAUCAAUGAAUUAGAAAUAGCAUUGGAUCAUGCAAACAAAGCUAACGCCGAGGCUCAGAAAAAUAUCAAGAGAUAUCAGCAACAAUUGAAGGACGUGCAAACAGCUUUGGAGGAGGAACAACGUGCACGCGACGAAGCUAGAGAAUUACUUGGUAUUUCUGAACGUCGUGCUAAUGCAUUACAAAAUGAACUCGAGGAAAGUCGUACGCUAUUGGAACAAGCCGAUCGCGGCCGUAGACAAGCUGAACAAGAAUUGGCCGAUUGUCACGAACAAUUGAACGACCUCAGCGCUCAGAACGCAUCAAUCUCAGCUGCCAAGAGGAAACUCGAAGCUGAAUUGCAGACCCUCCAUUCUGAUCUUGACGAACUUCUGAACGAAGCCAAGAACUCUGAAGAAAAAGCUAAGAAGGCAAUGGUAGAUGCCGCCCGAUUGGCCGACGAGCUUAGAGCCGAACAAGAUCACGCUCAAACCCAAGAGAAACUUCGCAAAGCUUUGGAGACACAGAUCAAGGAACUCCAAGUUCGUCUUGACGAAGCUGAAGCUAACGCAUUGAAGGGUGGCAAGAAGGCCAUACAGAAAUUGGAACAACGCGUACGCGAAUUGGAGAACGAACUUGAUGGCGAACAAAGGAGACACGCUGAUGCUCAAAAGAACCUUCGCAAAUCUGAACGACGCAUCAAGGAACUUAGCUUCCAGGCCGACGAGGAUCGUAAGAAUCACGAGCGCAUGCAAGACCUAGUUGACAAGCUUCAGCAGAAGAUAAAGACGUACAAGAGGCAGAUCGAGGAAGCCGAAGAAAUUGCCGCAUUGAAUCUUGCCAAGUUCCGCAAAGCUCAGCAAGAACUCGAGGAAGCUGAAGAAAGAGCCGACUUGGCUGAACAAGCUAUCACCAAAUUCCGCACUAAAGGUCGCGGUGGAAGUGCUGCACGCGGAUUGAGCCCAGCGCCACACCGACCUGCGUUCAAGCCCCAGUUCGAUGGUUCCGCAUUCCCACCACGCUUCGACCUACAGCCAGAUGGUGAUUUGUAAAGAUCGAUGAAGAAUUAUUAAUUAACCCAAGAAAACAAACGAACAAAUAAACGAACAACAACAAACAACAACAACAAUUAAAUCGUCCAUACAAAUUUUUAUCGCAAAACUCAAAGAGAGAACAACAAAAUGAUGAUCGAGUACGUGAGAACAAUUUAUUAACCCAUGAUAAUUAAAUGGCGUCGUCGUCUUCGUCUCACUGUUUUAUUUUUAAAAUAAAAUAUAAUCAAUCAAUGAAUUAAUUAAUAAAUAAUAAUAACAAAUUUCUAUAUUAGAAUCAUAUUAUUCGUUAUAUUUAAAUACACGCGCCCGUGUGUUGUGCAAUAUUUCAAAAUCAAUCAUAUUGGAAGAUAAAUUUAUUAAACGAUAAUAUUGUUUAUUUAAAUAAAAUUCAAUUAAAACAACAA